GUGAGGCGAAAAGGAAAGCAUCGCUGAAACGAGAUCCUCGCCGUUUCGCGAACAAAUCGGUGACUGUCUCCUGCUAUCUCCCCCUUUCCGCCACUUCGCUCCGCUCCCAUGCCUCCUGCCCCCUCUCGCCGUGGAGGCACCCCAAACCCUAGCCCCUGAAACCCUAGAUCCUCCUCCCCUGUUCCGAUGGCGGGGGCCGCGGCGUCCCCAGCGGCGGGCCACGUGGUGGAGCGGUUCCGGUCGCGACUGCGCGAGGAAGCGGGCGGCGGCGAGCCGGGCGCCGCCGCGGUCGUGCACGUGUACGCGGAGGCGCUCCGUGAGCUAACCUUCAACUGCAAGCCGGUCAUCACCGAGCUCACCAUCAUCGCGGGCCAGCACGCCACGCUCGCCGCCGGGGGAAUCGCCGACGCCAUCUGCGCCCGCGUCGCCGAGGUGCCACCAGAUCAGAUAUUACCAUCUUUGUAUCUGCUAGAUAGUAUUGUGAAGAACAUAGGUGGGGAAUAUGUAGAGCAUUUUGCAACUAGGUUGCGAAGUGUAUUUGUUGAUGCAUACUACAGAGUUCAUCCAAACCAGUAUACUUCAAUGAGGCGCCUCUUUCGUACCUGGUGGCCAGUGUUCCCUUCUUCUGUGCUUCGCAGCAUUGAGGAUGACCUUCAAUUUUCUUCCUCGGAGAAUAACCGCCCCACCACAUCAACAAAUCUGCAUCAAACAGAGUCGUUAUCUCCUAGGCCAUCUCAUGGCAUACAUGUAAAUCCUAAAUACCUGGAAGCACAACAUAAGUUCAAGCAGGCCAAUGUGGUGCACCAGCCAGCAGCUCGGGACACUAGGCAAAUGACUGAUGUGCAGGAGGAUCUGAUAAAUGGAUUAGCAUCGAAUAGUUCGUGUGAACGGCCUUCAAUUUUCCAGAAAUCUUCUUUACAGUAUGCUGAUGAUCCUGAUCAACAAGAGACGUUUCGGCCUCUUGCUGGAACAAGGGCAGCAUCACCACAUCUCUUGAGUACACAUGCAUCUGAUAUGAAUCUAGAUGGGCCAUUAGUCAAUUCAAGGAGAAACUUGUCCAUAUCACCACCUCUUGAUGUGUUCUCUAGGAAUGUGUCCCCCAAGAGAGCACUAGAGAGGCUGCCACCAUCUCAUUCUGUAUUGGGACCUGAUCCCAGAAAAUUCACUGAUCGAAAUGGCAGGUUAAGAUGGGGUUUGGAUGAUGGUGCACAACGGCCUACAAUCAGUAUGCUUGAUGAAGAGUACAGGAAGCAAAGUGCAAGGGAACUUAUUGAUGCAUAUGGGAAUUGUCAAGGACGAGAUGCUGAUGAACGACUUCCUAAAGUGCAGCGCCUGGAUCCAAAUGGUAUGGCUAGCAGAUCUAGUGCACGAAAUUGGUUAACUUCCGAGGAAGAAGAGUAUUCAUGGGAGGAUAUGAGCCCAACUUUGACUGAUCGAGUCAGUAGCAGCAUGCCAUCUUUUCCUCCUGGAACCAUGAGAACUGGAUUUCCUGGGGCAAAUGCAGGGUUACUGGAAUCUGAUGUUGGGAGGCACAAUUUCCCAAGCCAAGCUACUAGAUUAUCGGUUGAUGGUUCACCGUUUAAUCUUGAAGAUAGGUUUUCAACUGCAAGUCAUGUUAACAUGUCUACAAGGAGAUAUCCAAGCAAUUUUGGUGUUCAGAAUGGAGCUCUUUUGAAAUUCCAGAAUUCUGAACAUGCCCUAAAUCAUGGGAGAAUUGCUACCAUGCCAGCUCCACCUUGGCAACAGCCUACUGGUCUGCCAUUGCAAAUGCAAGCACCUCAACAUUCUUCAGCACUUGAUAGAUUACCACAGCCCGCUGACAGUGAAAUGCCAGUCAAGAGGUUGGACAUUCGUGGCACAUACAAUGGUUUGAAUGUAGAUAGAUCCUUGGCGGAGAAGCAUAGGUCAUCACCUGCUCGUGCUCCGACAGAAUGGCUUCCCCUUCACCAUACACCAUCACAAACUUUACCACUAAUUAUACCUGAGACAAAACAUGUUAGAAGUGCAUCGGAUAGUUUAGAAAUUAGUUCUUUUGUUAGCCAAGGAGCUAGUUCAUCAGUAUUUGUUCCGCAUCAUCAGUAUGAUGCCUUGGACCGGAAAACAGGUACCCGUAACUUAGCUCAACCACCAUAUCAGCACCAAGAUUUGUUGCUACCAAGCCAACAAAAUCAAGGUACAAUUUUGGGAAACCAAGUUCAUCCUCAUCUGCCCCAACAGUUACAUCCCCAUUCCCAUCCUCACCAUCAGGAGACUUUUAGAAGCUUUGCCCCUGGCAUGACUGUAUCUCCAUUCCAAGGACAAGGAGGCAAUGCAACCAUGACACCAGUUUCCGUUCUGCCAACUUUUUCUGUACCACCUGCUGUGCCACCCUAUGGCGUGCUGUCUGCACCUGGGUUUCCUAUGCCACCAUUACCGCCCGGACCACCACCUGUCCCACUGCAGAUGGGUUCAUCAUCAUCACAAGUUGGUGGCCCUCAACCAUUUGUCUCUGGACUUUUGAGUAACCUUAUGCGGCAUGGUGUAAUUUCACUGGAACCACCUAGCCAAUCCCAGGAUUCUGUUGGAGUUGACUUCAAUGUAGACCUCAAGGUACGGAAUGAGCCUGUCAUCAAUGCUUUGUAUCAGGAUCUUUCAAGGCAGUGUAAAACUUGUGGCCUUCGAUUUAAAUGCCAAGAGGAGCAUCGUGCUCACAUGGACUGGCAUGUUACAAAAAAUAGGAAUUCAAAGAACCGUAAGCAAUCUUCACGUAAAUAUUUUGUCACGGUGGAGGAAUGGUUAAGAGCUGCAGAAACAGUAGGAAACGAUGGAGUUCCUGCUUUUGUGCCCUCAGACCCAGUCCCAGAUAGAAAGGAAGAGAGAGAAAUUGCUGUUCCUGCGGAUGAGGAGCAAACAGCCUGUGCAUUAUGUCAAGAGCCAUUUGAAGAUUUCUACAGUGAUGAGACUGAUGAGUGGAUGUAUAGAGGUGCGGUCUACAUGAAUGCACCAGACGGUAAUAUUGAUGGUCUGGAAAGGUCACGGUUGGGACCUAUUGUCCAUGCUAAAUGUCGAUCUGGGCCCAGCAAUACUUAGGGUGGGCAUGGCUGGGAUGACUUGAUAGCUUUUUUUUCCGUUGCGGCUGUAGGCAUGACCUGUAAACUACUGGAGACUCAGAAUUUGGUAUGGUUAGAUUUUUUCCUAUCUAUGGCUUCGUUAACAGCCAAUGCACAGAAUGUUAAUGUGACAAUAGUGCAUAACUGUAAAAUUUUUCUGUAAUUCAGUGAUUGGAAGUUAGUAAUCGGCACAACAUUCACUAUUGUCAUAUUGUGCUUUUGCCCCUGUCAUUUUGUCCUUCCAUAGUUGCACAGUGCUGCUUUUUCAUUACAGCCGUAGUGUGAUCUAUACUUAAGCUUCAUGUUUAGGGUUUCUGCAGCACAGUUGUUGUCAGGACAGCGGUUUAUGGAGCCAUGGUCUCACUGGACAUGGGAAACAAUAUAUUUCAAUAGUCCUGCUUUCUUCCUCGUUAAUAUCUUGUGCAGGAUACAUACCAGUUCUCUAUGUUGGUUGGUAGCUUUGGAAGGGACCGUGCAAGAUGACCAAGAGUGCUGGCCACUAUUUAUGCCUAAGUAUUGAAAGGGACUAGAUACUGUCAUUACCUUAUUGCCAAUUUUUUUAGUAUUUUCCUUUGUAAGUUGAGAGCAUUGUUUGUGACUAUUAUUCUUGGUUGCUUGUAUAGUUCCAUCUUGCUGAUAUGUUUAUACUCCAAAAUGUGGGUCAGAAUGUCUUAUCAGACUUUAUUCUUUAUUCUGGUUGGUAUAUGCUCCGGCAAACUAUUCAAUGGAACAAUUUGGGAAUAUUUUUUCGUC